UGAGACAUACCGGAAGCUUGUAUUGAAAGCUUGUUAUGCCGUUGCUGUGAUACACGGAGAAGCGGUUGACAACAGUUGAUUUCUGUGGUUGGCCAGAUUGUCUGACCGAUAGGCGAAAGACAGACGAACACUUAACAGAAAUAUCGUUUGGAUCAACAGAGAAGAGAAAUCAAGGUAGUGAAAUCGAUCAGUAAUCUAGUGCAAUAGAUCUACUGACAGUGUUGUUACUGUCAUAGCAACACAGAUUGUUUCACUGGAGAAAGAGCUGAUGUUAUUCGACAAUCGCAACAGUAGUAACAGCUGAUGUUACAAAACAGUCGCAGUUGAUGUUACAACAUAGUCACAGCUGAUGUUACAAAACAGUCGCAGUUAAUGUUACAACACAGUGAAUGUUCAUAUUACACCACAAUUACAACUGAUGUUAUACCACAGUAAUAAUUGAUGUUACAUCAUGGUAACAGCCGAUGUUACAACACAGUAACAGUCGAUGUUACAUCCCGUGACGGCUGAUUUUAUGACGAGAGCUAUGAACAAUAAGAAAUAAGACAUAGAAGCAGAAAUAUGAAAGUGAAUAAGUUAGUGGAAGGUAAGGUUGGUGGUGACAACAGCGAUAAUGUAAAGGUAGCUGUUCGCUGUCGGCCACUCAAUGAAAAAGAAAUUUCUUCAGAAUGUAAGCAGACAGUUUUUGUCGAUUCUGUAAGAGGAACAGUCUCAGUAGAAAACCCUACCCCGGGCCAUGGUGAACCUAUGAAGGUUUAUACAUUUGAUACUGUAUUUGGACAUGAUUGCAAACAGGUUGAUGUUUAUAAUGAGGUUGCUCGCCCUAUUAUUGAUUCAGUUCUUGCUGGUUACAAUGGAACAAUUUUUGCAUAUGGCCAGACUGGAACAGGCAAAACGUUCACAAUGGAGGGCCUCAGGGUAGUGGCAGAAAAGCGGGGCAUUAUUCCUAAUUCAUUUGCUCAUAUAUUUGGUGCCAUUGCUAAAGCUGAGGGUGAAACUCAGUUCUUGGUAAGAGUAUCUUAUCUAGAGAUUUAUAAUGAAGAAGUGCGUGAUUUGCUUGGUAAGGACCAAAUGCAACGGCUUGAGGUUAAAGAGAGGCCUGACAUUGGUGUUUACGUGAAGGACCUUUCUGCUUUUGUUGUAAAUAAUGCCGACGAUAUGGAUCGGAUCAUGACACUAGGGAACAAAAAUCGGGUUGUGGGUGCUACUAAUAUGAAUGCUCACAGUUCCCGGUCUCAUGCUAUUUUCUCCUUGACCAUUGAAUGUAGUGAGAAAGGUAUUGAUGGAAAACAACAUGUCCGAAUGGGGAAACUUCAUCUCGUUGACUUAGCAGGCUCUGAACGUCAAGCAAAAACAGGUGCUACCGGUCAGCGACUUAAAGAAGCUACAAAAAUUAAUUUAUCUCUUUCUACCCUUGGCAAUGUGAUCUCUGCAUUAGUUGAUGGGAAAAGUAGCCAUAUUCCUUACAGAAAUUCCAAACUGACACGUUUGUUGCAAGAUUCCCUUGGCGGUAACUCAAAAACAGUAAUGAUUGCCAAUAUUGGUCCAGCAGAUUAUAACUAUGAUGAGACCAUUAGCACUCUGAGGUAUGCCAACAGAGCAAAAUGUAUAAAGAACAAAGCUAAGGUUAACGAAGAUCCAAAAGAUGCUUUGCUUCGGCAAUUUCAGGAAGAAAUUAAAGAAUUAAAACGGCAACUUGAAGAAGGUGAGUUUAAUAAUGAUGAUGAUGUGUCUGGUGGAAAUGAAGAAAUUAUUGAGAAAGAUGGGAAAAGCUGCAAUAAAAAAAUAAAAAAGACACAUAAAAUUUCUAAAGAAAAAAUGGCUGAAAUUCAGUCUAAGAUUGAAGAUGAUCGCAAAAUGCUGGAAGAAAAGAAAGAUUUAGCAGAAGAGGAGAGAAAGAAAAUAAAAUAUAAUCUUGAUGAGAAAGAGUCUGAGAUGAAGAAGUAUUUAGAAGAACAACACCAAUUGGCACAAAAGUUAGCUGUGAUAGAGAAGAAAAUUAUUGUUGGUGGUGAGAAUCUUUUAGAAAAGGCUGAAGAACAAGAACGACUAUUGGAAGAAAGUGCCUGUGAGUUAGAAGAAAGGAAGAAGAGAGAAGAAGAACUACGGAAAGCUUUAGAAGAAAAAGAACAAGAAAGAUUGGAUAUAGAAGAAAAAUAUUCCACUUUGCAGGAAGAAAUUAUUGGUAAAACCAAAAAACUCAAGAAAUGCUGGUCUAUGUACACACAAGCUAAGAUUGAAAUUACUGAUGUACAAAAAGACCACCAGAGAGAAAUGGAAGGUCUGCUUGAAAAUGUUCGCCAGCUCAGCCGAGAAUUGAAGCUUCAAAUGCUGAUUAUUGACAAUUUCAUUCCUAUGGAAUUCCAGAAAAUGUUGGAACACUAUGUUCACUGGAAUGACGAUAUUGGGGAAUGGCAGCUAAAAUGUGUUGCAUACACAGGGAACAAUAUGCGCAAACAGUCACCGCAUACUGAAAGUCUAUCAGCUAGCUUUAAUGAAUCUGACAUCUCUGGAGUCUAUCUUGCCUACACAAAAGAAGGAGCUACUCAGAGUAUGAGACUAAACUCUGCUAAAGGUAAUAAAUUAGGACGACCAAAAACUGCUUCAAGAUUAAAGUCAGCAAAGAAAAAGAAGAAAGACCUGGAUGUUGAGACAAUAUUGCAGUGACUAUUCAUUGCAGCUGUAGCUCUGUUUACUUUUAAGUUGUUCAUAUAUAUGGACUAUGUCAUGGAUUUCCUUUUUCCUGAUAUAUUUUGUGAAGAUUUUUAAUGAAUUUUAUUUUCAAAAUUUUUUUUUUUACUCUUUCUCAGUAAUUACUUUUGUUAGAUUUAAAAACAAACACAAACAUUGUCUUUAAUAACUUCAAUUAAAAACAAUUAAGUGUCAUCCAAAUUAUUUUUGAUUUUAGAGUCCUGGCUUAUGCUUUUGAUGCAGCUUUGGCAUUUGGUCAGUUGUUGCAAAAAGGUUUUGUCUGACAAUAAUUUUGUAGGAUUCUCUGAAAAUUAGAAAAGUAAGGAUAAUAAUUUCAUAGAUAUAUAUAUACACAUAUAUUAAAUUUUAAAUAUAUAUAUAAAAACAGGCCACCAACAUUUCAUGAGCAGUGUUAGAUAAGGUAUAGGCUUUUUACAAAUGGUUCAAAGUCUUACAACUUCUACCUCACAGAGGAACUCCUUACCAUCCAUCAUUCUACCCUAAUCUUAAACAGAAAGAACUAAUUCCCACUUGCCGACAUAUGUCCAAAUUUCAAAGAGGAUACCCUUGAUGCAUGACAGACAUCAGUUGAUGAUGUACACUGCCUAGUAUCAUCCUGUUGUAGAAUUGUCUUGUUAAUUUCUAACCCACUGACAUGUAUGAACAUUAUGAAACUGCUGUUUCAGAGUAUAUAAUCCCUGUCUCACUAUCUCUUUCUCUCUCUCUCUCACACACAUACAUGCACAAAAUACUAUAUAUUGUAGGCACAUUUACCUGCAGGUACACACACACACACACACACACACACACACACACACACACACUCACUUACUCACAUACACACACAUGCACAACAAGACCCCUUCAGCUUCCAUCUAUCAAAUCCACUCACAAGGUUUUGGGCAACCCAGGGCUACAGUAGAAAACACUAAAAGUGCCACAUAGUAAGACUGAA